AUGGCAUAUUUUGAGGGCUGUGUUCCUGAGACUGUGUCAUGUGGUGGGGACCUCCCGACAGGUAGCCUGGAGGAGAGAUUUGGCCGACCUCAGGGAAAUGGUGGUGAAUUGGAUAAAUCGACAAAGAGUUUACAAUCUGAAAUGGAAAGCGGAAGUAGAAUAGAAGGGUUCCGAUUCAAAGAAUCUGACUGGGACACGACGCACUGGCAAAAUAACCUUCGAGUAAUCUGGAAUAUUUUUCAGGUUCUGUCUUACCACGAAGAAUCGUUGUUCUUAUCGGAUUGUUCUAAUAGUCCUCCUGGAUUUACUUUGCUUCAGUUACUCACAUCUGAUGUAACAUAUCCAAUUCCGCCAACAUGUAUUGUAAUGAAUGGGAAACUGUAUUUAUCUAGUUCUAAGUACAGAGGAAUGGCGCGAUUUGGAAUUAAAUCAAGACCUAACCUUUUUCAACAUGGGCCAUGCAACAACGGAAAUUAUCGUGGUCUGUAUGACUAUGAUGAUGCUCAUUGUCUUUUCAGUGACUUUUGGCCCCCAUCUGCCACCUCUUGGGUAGACAGAUGUCAAUCAUGGCCCAAGCCUCGUAUUGUUCAUGACAUAGUCCGAAAUGGAUGUCAUUGUGUAGCAAUAGGUCAUAAACUUGGAAACCAUUACAACACUGAAUGGAGAAUUUCAUUCUCUCUAGCGGAACAAAUUCUUGUGAACUCAAUGAAUCACUGUCAAUUCUUGGUAUAUGGCUUGCUUAAAAUUUAUUUAAAAGAGGUAAUCAACAAUGGUUUGGACGAUAAGGAUAAGUUACUGUGUUCCUAUCAUGUCAAGACAGCAGUUUUCUGGAUGAUUCAGACAAACAUAAUGCCUUUCUGGUGUCCAGAGAAUCUCUUGGAGUGUUUUUGGUUAUGCUUUAAACUUAUCAUUAAAUGGGUAUAUCAGGGAUACUGUCCAAAUUUUUUCAUUUCCGAGAACAACAUGUUUUUGAGUAAUAUCCAUGGUGAAGCACAACAAGAUUUAUUCACUAGGCUGUAUGGACUGUAUGAGAAGGGUUUAGCUUCCCUGCUGCAUAGUGCCUGCAUAGGGUCUUUUGUUAUAAAAAUGCUCUUUAUUCCAGGAGGCAUUAUAUGUACGAAUGAUCGAAAACUUAUCUCUGAAAUUAGGUUUGACGCAGAAGUAAGUGAAGAAAUACAAAUUUCCUCUCUAAUACCUACAAAAGACCUAUAUCAUUGUUUGAAGGCUCUACAUACAGUAGAACAGAUACGAGGCUUAUGUCUGACAGAAUAUCAGGCAGGUCUAUUACAAGCACUUACUGUCCACAUUCUCCAAGGAACUGCUUUUGUGUUAGCAGACAUGUACCCAAACAGAGGAACAAAUAAGGUGAAGUUUAUCACUGACAAAAUAUCACGCAACAUGCUGAAACUAACAUCUAAGUUUGGGUUUAUAUCUGACAUGUUGUACUUUGCAAUAUUUUAUUACAAAACAUUCAGAUGGAUUGAAGCACUCUCCGUUUUAGAAAUUACGAAGGGCAGGUUAGCACAGCCAUAUCUUAUGUAUGAUAAUAAUGUAAAUAAAGAGAGGUAUAUUGAGGCUGUUGGAGGACUGUCCUGGUCUACCAAGAUAAGAAAGGCUCUGGCAAAAGAUGUAACACUUCACAAUGAUAUCAUUAACAUAUAUAUCAAUGAAUUAGUACCAGAACAACAGAAUUGCAUGCAGAACAAUGAAACAUUAGUGUCUAUUCCACCGUUUGUGCUCUUACAUAUGUUGGAGGUCUUGUGUUACAAACACAUCGAUAUAAGGAGAGCACAUACGGCUCUGUAUGAUCUACAGGUCCUGGUACAAUACAACAGAGAGGGAUACAUAGAUGACGCAUAUAAAGAUAUAUCAUGGCAGAUACUGGGAAUCUGUCAGCAGGUUUGUGGGAAUCUCCAGGCUGCUUUGGACUCCUACCAUCAAUCACUCCAACAAUAUCCCAAUCACCAAAUACAAACUGCUACAGAAAUGAGAAUUCGAGAUCUCCUUCAGCGUUUUCAAUGA